AUGGCUUUAUUGUUGUGCGCCGUGCGAAAACCAGAAACCAUUAUUUCUCACUACAAGAAAAGAAAGAUGAUCCUGGUGGCAUUAGUGGCGGAGCUGAUGGAGGAGUACACGGUGUUGCUGACAAGGGUUUUGGAGCAUUUGUUUAACGAUGCUCCUUUCCCAAGAAGGGUUCGUUUUCUCAUUCUACGUAACCUUCCUUUUGCUUCCUCUUCUCGUCCUCCAUUACUUACAGCUCCUAGAGUUAACUGA